AAACACGCACGGCAGUCUGCUCUGUUACUAUGUAUAUAUAUUUUUUAUAUAUAUGCAAACAAUUUAAGUGUACAAAAGAAUAAUUUAUAACAAAUAUAUUCAAUAACCUCUGUUUAGAUUAAUCGUAUACCGGCAUUUGAUUAUAUUAAGUGGUCAUAAAUAUACAAUUUAUGUAAGAGUAUGCACUUCGAUCUAGUAUACAUAUGUAUGUACGUACGAGAAUAAAGUCUGAAAAAGGGAAAUCCCCGUAUAAUGCUCAGUGAAAUCUGGCAAAUCGAUUGUGCUAAAAAUCCAGUGGUCGGCCGGACUAGCAUCAGUCAACAUUGAAUACUUUGGGUAUACCGAAAUAAAUAAAUUUGAAUAUGGAUAUAUCAAGUGUACUGGACAAAACCCAGUUUCUCCGAAAAAAAGGGGGCAGAAGUUUACGAAAUGCGAGAGGACCCUGUUUUUUGGCCAGUGGCUUUAUUCUGUUCUGGCUGCUCCUUUUUUUAGCUGUCGUAGUGCCACUGUUUCAUCGCGUUCCCGAUCCCAAGUCAGUCGAGGAUGCCUCCAAGGGUGUCUUUAUUGCCCAACGGGCUAUGGACAAUUUAUAUAAUCUUGUCAAAAUCGGACCAAAGGUGGUUGGCAGCGAGAACAACGAGAUCAAGGCUGUUCAAUUCCUACUAAAUGAACUGGCUCUGAUCGAGAAGAAUGUCCUGGACGAGUACUUUGACAUUGAAGUCGAUCUCCAGGAGGUCUCGGGAUCGUACAUUCAUUGGACCAUGGUGAAUAAGUACCAGGGAGUGCAGAAUAUAGUCAUAAAGCUCAGUCCCAAGAACUGCACUAGCGAAACUUACCUGCUGGUCAACAGCCACUUCGAUUCCAAGCCAACGAGUCCUUCCGCCGGCGAUGCAGGUCAAAUGGUGGCCAUUAUCCUGGAGGUUCUGCGUGUGAUGUCCACCACCAGGCAAACGUUCACCCACCCAAUAAUAUUUCUGCUAAACGGGGCCGAGGAGAAUCCUCUGCAGGCUUCACAUGGUUUUAUUACCCAACACAAAUGGGCUCCAUUCUGCAAAGCGUUUCUCAAUCUAGAAGGAUGUGCCGGUGGAGGACGUGAGCUACUCUUUCAAACUGGGCCCAACCAUCCGUGGCUAGUAGAUUAUUAUAAGAAGAGUGCCAAGCACCCAUUUGCCACCACAGUGGGCGAGGAGAUCUUUCAAACUGGGUCCAUGCCUUCUGAUACGGAUUUCGGUAUUCUGACUAAAUACGGUGGGCUUAUUGGUCUGGAUAUGGCUCAGAAUAUCAACGGCUACACCUAUCACACGAAGUACGAUACCUAUGAUAUUAUUCCAUCUAAUUCUGUUCAGAGUAUGGGUGAAAAUGUGCUCAGUGUGGUUCGCGCCUUAUCCAAUGCCACUGAACUGGAAAAUACUGCUGCUUAUGAGCAAGGACCCUCUGUAUUUUUUGACGUCUUGGGACUAUAUUUCGUGAACUACACCAAUAAAACUGGCAUAGUUCUAAACUUUUUUGUGGCCAUAUCAGCCUUACUUCUAAUCUACCUGUCCCUGGGGCGCAUGGCAAAUCAUUCCAAAGUGUCUACUAGUUUUAUGGUGUGCUGGUUCUUCCUAAUUUUAGUAGUACAGGUUGUCGCUGUUUCGCUUGCUAUUGGACUACCCAUAUUAAUUGCAAACUUUUUUGAUAAACACGGGCUGAGCCUAACAUACUUUAGCACGAAGGAGCUAAUGUUCGGCCUGUAUGUAUGCCCAAGUCUGUUUGGCCUGCUUUUGCCACCAUACAUUUUCUUAGACCUGCCGCGUCACAGCAAGACCUACUUUCGCCAACAACUGCAUAUGGUUGUUAAUGCGCACGCCUUUAUACUGGCGCUUUUGGUAAUCGGGUUGACGGUAUAUGGCCUGCGAAGCACCUACGUGUUAACCUGGACUCUCCUCUUCUACAUUAUUCCCCUGGCCAUCAACCUGAUAACCACCCUGCACGAUCAAGGAAUUUCGUGGACUGGAGCCGUAGUUAUCUUCCAACUUUUUUCGUUUUUGUACAACAGCUAUCUGUUGUAUACUCUCAUCCAGACAAUGAUUGCCAUGAUGGGACGCUUUGGCAGGUCAACCAACCCGGAUUUGGUUAUGUCUGCUAUAAACGCUUUGGGAACUGUCCUGGCAAUGGGCUUCUUGGCUCCUAUAGUAAUCAUAUUCCGUCGACCUGGCCUGAUCUUACUCACUCUGAUGACCGUGUUUGGAGUCAGCAUUUUCUUAGCCACAGUCACUCCCCUUGGUUUUCCCUAUAGGGCAGCAACCAACGUAGAGCGAGUUCCCUAUUUGCAUGUGCGACGUACUUUCUACGAAUACAAUGGCAAUGUUAGCAAAGAGGACUCCGGCUACCUAUUUAAUUUCCAGGAUCGUCGUGGACCCGCUCCUUUGGAAGGAACCAAUGUAAAUCUGACUGGUUUGGUGGGCAUUGCAACUGAAUGCGAGGAGCGUAUGAUGUGUGGACAACCACUUUACGAUCACCGAUGGGUUAAGAAUCGUCUAAAUGCCAUGUGGCUGCCUCGAGAGGAAUUGAUCGAUCCUCCGUAUGUGCCUAAGCUGCAGCUCCUAAGCAAAAUUAUCCAGUCUGACAAGACCACAGUGCGGUUCAAGUUCACGAUUAAUACUACGGAUCACACUAGUUUGUUCAUCCAACCAUAUGAGUUCGUGAACAUUACCAACUGGUCUUUUCCACUGGAAUACAUUGGUCAGCAAACUACCUACCAUGUUUACUUCUCCUAUGGCAAGGAUAACUCGCCAUUAUCCUUUUUUAUCGACCUAUCGAAAUCCAAUGGCGACUUCCGUGUUCCCCUAUUCCAGUUGGGCGUAUGCUCACACUUUAUUGGCAACAAGGGCGAUGAACUGAGCCAGAAAUUCGCCCAGUCCUUUCCGGACUAUGCCGUACUGAUUGAGUGGCCGACCUCAUAUCAACGAUUCAUUUUCUAAGAAAGCGUAACAUCUUAUAUAUACAUUUGAAUCGGAAAACCAGCCAUCUCAUCCAAUGUUACUAUCGAUACACUAAAACCAUAUAAUACACAAGCAUAUUAAAGAACACCAGCAAUACAAGUGCCAAUAAUACAAUUUUUUGUCCAUCUUCUCAGAACACCCCGUUUUUUUUUGUUGGAAAUUAUGGAAAAAUUGUAAUCUUAAUUAUAUGACUACGUCUGCAGAUAAGUGGAAAUCCCCGUGAUGUAUAUACAUAUUUCUAGAUUUUUUAUAUUACCAAGAUUAUUUACUCGUUUAAGUUAAUUAUGCCAAGAACAAUACAGAAAUACUUAAUAAAUAUACCAUCUUAAAAGAA